AAAAUUGUACAUAAAACUAUUUAAACUUCUUUUUCACAAUUUCAUCUAUCUAUCGUUACUUUUUAAUAACACAUUUAUAAUUUGUUAAAUUUUAAUAUAAACUGUAAACGCCAAUAAAGUGCAUCGUGUGUCUGUGCUCUUGGGGGCUUUAUCCUCAACUGUGUAAAUUGAAGACUACACAAAAUUUUGCUUACAUUUUGAAUAUUUUGAAUUUGCAAUUUCUGAACUGUGAAUGGUGAACUUUUAUAUCAAAAGGUGUGGAGUUCUGUCAAAUAUUUUCCACGGUGAAUUUGGCGGUCUGUUUUAAAAAAAAACGAAAAUAAAAUGGAAAAUGAUAAAAAAGCAAGUGAGCAGCAAAAGCUUGUACUCCUAGAAUUUAUAGAGAGCAAUAAACAAUUUUCCAAGGACAGUUCUCAUGUCAAGAAAAAAGUAUGGAAAAUUUUGGCUGAACGUCUGAAUGGACUUGGUGGUGCUAAUAAAAGUGGUAAGAAAUGGCGGAAAUUCUGGUUAGAUUUGAAAAAUCAUAUUAAGGACAAAGCGGCUGUUACACCCAUUAAGAGUACUGAUGUUAAUUGCAUGAGCAAGCCCAAGGUACACAGUGACGUCAAAAAGCGAAUGAUUCCGAUCAUGGCACCCCCGGUCGUCGAUGAAAAGUCAUCAGUGGAGGAGAUGUGUGAUUUUAGCAAUAAACAUGCUUCUGAAAAUAUGACAGAGAAAUUGUAUGCUAAAUGUUUAGAUGAAGAAGAGCUUAUGCAACCUCAGGCUGCACAAUCAAAAUGCUCAGCACACGAAACUAUUAAACAGCGAAAAAAGAAGUCGAGACAUAAUAGUAAGUCGGUAAAAGAGGAAAUGUUGGCUCUGGAGAAAAUAAAAUUCCAAUUCGAAAAAGAUAAAUUUGCUGCAAAACAAGAGUAUAGAAGAGAAAUAAUUGAAAUGAAGAAAAUGAAAAUAGAACUUCUAAAAGAAGGCUACAAGAGGAAGAAAAAAAAUCUACCAAAAGGAGACUAGUUAACGUUGAUUAACGUUUAUUAAAUUUGAAAACACUAUAUUUAUGAAUGCUUAUCAAAAUGCUUACAAAUAUAAUUGUCAUUCAA